AUGAGUCUCCGACCCGUCCAUCAAGCUGUUUCCAUUGAACUGGCAAUCGACAUGAUUCAUGACAGUCAAUCACCGCACCACAAGUCACGCUUAUCGGACAGCUCAAGCUGCUUUCCGCCCGGUUAUCUUAACCGUGAUAGCUUUGACCUGAACUCUCUGACGGAUCACAGGCUCACCGACUACUCUACAUGUGGUCCGGUGGAGUCCUAUCCCCACUACCUCCUUCCCCGAGAGCUGCGAACUCCGGCACAGCAUUUCACGCAGGAGAUUCCGCACAAUUCCUCCCAUUCAUCACUCUGCAGUGCCUUCUUUUCUUCCGUGAGUGAUAUGCAGCAUCAAUCGGUGAGGGAGGUCGGCGUGGCAAGCGAUCAAGGGAUCCGUUCGAGCAUGGAGGACGAGCACGUGGCUGUGGUGGAGCCGGAAGUUUGCUUCUUUGGCAUCUAUGACGGGCACGGGGGUCGCCAGUGCGCUGAGUACGUCCGCUCCCGGCUGCAUGAAAUCACACUGACCCACGAGAGCCUUAAGACAGCUCCACAAAAGGCGAUCAGCGACGCGUUUGCACAGGUGGAGCGCGAGUUUUUGGAGCAGAAUACGAGCAACAUAAGCUCUGCUGGAUGUGUGUGCGCUGCUGCUGUCGUCCAGGGCUCGGUGCUAACGGUUGGUAACGUUGGCGACUGUGAAGUGGUCCUCGCGCGCGGGGGAAAACCAGUACUGUUGACAGUGAAGCACAACCCCAGCUGCAACGAUGCUGAGGCAACGCGGGUCAAGAAUGCUGGCGGGUGCAUUUUCAACUGCAGGGUGGGCCAUCCACGUCUCAACCCGCGCAUGUGCAGCCUUGCCGUCUCGCGAGCAGUGGGAGAUGCUGGGUUCAAGCUUGAGGAAUACACGAACGGCAAGCCAUCAGGUAUCAUCGCUGUCGCCGACACUUCUGAAGUGCUGUUGGCAAAGGAGGAUGCGUUUUUGAUUCUGGCGUGUGACGGCUUAUGGGACACGAUGUCUUACGCCGAGGCGGUCGAUCUGGCCACCGCGUACGCGGCGAGUGGUGCCGACGCCAACGGCGUCGCCGACCAACUUGUAAGAGAGGCGCUGCGGCGGGGCACGCGCGAUAAUGUCACAGCCAUUUUUGUGCGGUUAGGCUGGUCAGCGCAUGCUGGACUUGAUGAGGACGAAAAAGAAGUCCAGCAUAGCUGA